AUCUAAACACAAUAAUGUUGCCAACACACCAUAAUUGUCAACCUCCAUGUGGACCAACAACUGCAACAGAUGGAAAUAAAGAAACAUGCACAAAUACUGAAGCCAUUGGUCAGAGUACACAAAGUAAAGCAACGGUAUGGUUUGUGGACCUUGGUGGAAAUCGCAGUAUUUACAGCAUUAGUAUACUAUUUAAAGAGUAUGCUGGAUGGGUAAUGAGACAAAGGGGACGUUUUGCCGGUUUUUCUCUUUAUAUAUCCAACACGCCUAAAAAAGAGGACGGUCGUCUUUGUUACCAGAACAAACUACCAUUACCUCCCUUGAAAUUUAAUACAAAGUGUAUUGCAUAUGGUCGUUACGUCAUCUAUUACAACGAAAGACUGGAAGGAGUUAUCUACCCUGAAGGAUACCAAUAUCAGAUAUAUACACAAUUAUGUGAAGUCGAAGUAAAAGGAUGUGCCAAGGCAGGAGUAUAUGGGAUUAAUUGUAAUUUACCUUGCCCGGACAAUUGUCAAGAAAAGAGAUGUAAUAUUGUGAAUGGAACAUGUUUGGAAUGUAUUCUUGGAUGGACGGGAGACAUGUGUAAUAUAAAAUGUCCAUGGGGAUGGUAUGGCCUUUCGUGUAAAGACACAUGUACAGGACAUUGCAGUGGGAACCAACCUUGUAAUCACGUGACUGGUCAAUGUGAAGCUGGUUGUGCAGAUGGAUGGAUGGGGAAGUUAUGCGAUGAACCAUGCAAAGAUGGGUUUUACGGUCCAGACUGUAUCCAUAGCUGCAGUGGUCACUGUCUGAAUAACACCUACUGUAGAAGAGAAACUGGUUACUGUGACAACGGUUGUAGCCCGGGAUAUACAGGGGAUUUUUGUAGUAAACGUAGGUAA